CAAAAUAGCGGUUUAUCAAUUCGUUUCAGUAAUUCUGGCCCACCCUUUAAAUGAAGCAAUAGCCCUUCGCAACAGAUUAGAACUAAUAAUAGCAUCCUGGAUCCAUGCUCGAAAAAUGUCUGUUACUUAUCUUUGCUUAGGUUAGUUAAUGAUCUGGAUAACAGACAUGAGAGUUCUGACGUUAAUGAAGUCAAAACAAGACACCAUUUUAUGAUAAGUAUAUAAAAGAACUUUUUCGAUUGAUUACAAAGAACUGAUAGUUCUUAGAAAUACUCAUUCUUGGAAAAAAAAGUGUUUGUGAUUUUGAAUACAAAAGAGUGUUCUGAUUGAGAAAGAGUGAUUGAAAAAAGUUUUUGAAAAUUGAUAUAAGAAUAUUUCAAGUAAAUUUUUUCAGACGAGAAAAAGUUGUCAAAUGUUGAUUUCAAAAAAAAUCAUUCGGCACAGUCUUUGUUAUUUAUUUGUCUUACUUACAAGUUUUUCUAUGUAGAAAACAUUCCGAGUCUGAGUAGAAGCAUCAAAGAACUAUUCUUUUAAAGUGUUCGGGUGGGUAAAAAUCAUGACAUCGGUCUAGUAUGAACUGAACUGAACUGAACUGAAGUAUUUUGACAAUUGUUCUAUGUGGGUAUAUGUUUGAGAAGCUUUGCAAUAGCUCGUUUAGAAGCUCGGGAAAUUGUCUGUCUUUCUAUGUAUGCUCUUUUCAAAAGAGCACUUAUUUUUUAUGUCUGUUUUUUCGCUAAUAGAAAAUUGGAGUCAUUAUUCUAAAUAUUUGGAUGAUCCUCGUGUCUAUGGAACCUGUGGUAUUCACCCACAUUGGAGUAAUAAAUGGCAUCCGUCAUGCGCUGAUUUUAUUGAACGAUGUCUACAACAUCCAAAAAUUCUGGGAAUUGGUGAAUGUGGACUUGAUUUUGGUUCAAAGUACGUACUAGACUGAAUUUUUAACACGAAAAACUUCUUUCACAGUAAAAAAAAUCAAAUAUCAAAUUGUAUUAGUUGACAUUUUGCGCAUGAGAAAUACAACUUAUUUGGUUUUGUUUCUGGAAUAACAUGACAAAUGUACGCCUCCAUUUUUAUGAUGAUCCAAUACGUAAAGUAUAAGCUUAAUUUAAAAGGUUUAUCGAAAACCAAAUAUGUACGAAAAAUGAAAUUAAUAAUUAUAUUAUGUUAUUUAUUUUAUUAUACUUUUCCAUCUACAACAUUUUUACAAGAAAAAGUCAAUGUCUGAUCAAAGGAGCUGUCAGCGUUUUGUUAUUGAUUUUGCCAUAUUAAUCUUGUCU